AUGCAUUGUAAUUCGACGAUAAUUGAUACGACUGAUCUAACACAGUGGGCUGAUCAAGAGCCUAGGCUAAAAUUACCUAUAACAAAGGCUACACUAGAAAAAGCGGUACGAUUGGGUGCUAAACACGCGAAACGUUUGAAUGAAGUAGAAGCAGACCGGAUCAGGAAACAAG